AAGGUACUCUCGGCCAGGUAAUUUAUCGCUAGCCACUUGCAACCACACCGACGGUGAAAAGGCGAAAUAAAAUAAUUAAUUGUAGCAAAUUGCCGUAGCGCAAAUAAAAGCUAGAAAAAUCGGAGCAGCGCAGCAGACGCAGACGAGAAAGUGACGACGCAGCAAAACGAAGCAACAAAAAGAAAAUCGGCGACGUAUACGUUCAACUUCCACAGAAUUAAGUUUUCGAGUCCCACGCGAUGUCAUGCCGAGCCCCCUUCCAGCCCGACGAUCAGUAUGAGCAGCUUCGGCGGCCAAAUGCCAGUGGAUCGGUCGGAGUGGCUAUGCCCGGACUGGAGCAACAGGCUCACCUCUUUGGAGAUUUUGGCGGUGCCCAGGGCUAUGCUCAGGUAGCUGGGAGCUACCAAGCCCAGGCCUUGUCGGAUUUGUCCAAGCUGUCGCCCUCGGCCUCCAUUUUUGUCCCUCGAGCAGCUGGUCCACCGCAGCAGCAGCAACAACAACAGCAGCCGCGUCAUCAGCAGUACCAGCAGGCUGGCGGAUCCGGCGGAGCUCCCCAUGGCCAGCAGCAGCAGCAGCGCUAUGUGAACGGCUAUAAUAAGCAUCACCAUCAGCAGCCGCACUAUAAUCAUCAUCACAAUCAUCAGCACAAGUUCAAUAACGACAUGCAUAAGCUAACGAAUUCCGUGCAGAAUCGCUUGCACCUGAACAACCUGCAGGGCUCGGCUGGCAACUACUAUCAACAGCACCAGCAGGUACACCCACAAAAUACACACCACCACCAACAACAACAACACCACCAGCAGCCGCAUCAGCCACACAACCAAAACGCCAAGUUCCAACGGUAUACUCACUUGAAUAACUCAUUCCAACCAAUCGCACAGCAAACACAGCCGCACCACCAGCAGCACAACCAGCAGCAGCAGCAGUAUUUCCAGAACCAGAACCAACAGCAGCAACCGCAGCCAUCCACGUCGUCCGCGGCGGCCUCUUCGUCGUCCUCGAACUCUUCGCAGCCGGACAUGGCCACCAUUGCACUGGAGUAUCUUGAUACAGUCAUACAUUGCCUUAACCAGAAUCCGGGCCAAUUUGAUUCGAUUGCAUCACGUUUCCUGACCAUUUUCGACGGCAUGGAAAACAACCAAUUUGUUCUGUCCAUUGCAAUGGAGGACAUCUUUGAGAAGUCGAUACAGCAACCGAACUUCCGGUACAUGGGCGCCAAGCUGUACAACCUGCUGCACAUGCUUAACCCGAAGCCGGACUCUAUGUUUCAUACGCUCCUGAAGUGCAAGCUGGACUAUCACCAGGAGGAGGUGACCAAGUACAUGUGCUCCAAUGAGCAGCAGAAGGUACGGGAGACGGCCCUGUUCCUGGCAGAGCUCUACAUGCAAUUGCGCGGCGACGACGACUCACGCAUUCAGUUGAUUGCCGUGAAUAUCGUUUAUUCGCUAAGUAAGCUGCUGCUCAAAGAAAGCAACGAGAACGUGCGCUGCUUGUGUCAGACCCUUAAGCUAGCUGGUUAUGAUCUGACAGCCGACUGCCCGGCGGACAUUCAGGAGAUUAUCGCAGCCCUGCAGGCGAUUGAAAUGAAUUCGCCUGGCAAGUAUCCCAUGGUGGCCAGUGUGAUUUCCCUACAGCAGAACAACUGGGGCAGAAAGGUGUCGAAUGCUUUAGGUGGCGAUGAGGAUACUGUGGUCGAACCACCUCGCCUGAGUGAUGAGCCCGUCUUCUAUGGACCCGAUGGUCGAGAAUUGACCGCCGAGGAGACCGACUUCUUGGCCGCCGAAGACGGUGAUGGUAGCGAUGCCGAUAACUAUGAAGGCGACGAUUUGGAAAUGGAUGCUGAGAUGGACGAGGAAUCCAAACAAGCAUUCAAGGAGUUCUGCAAGGACAAGCAGAAGACCUAGACGACUGUGGAUGAACUGUGUAGCGUUUAACGGCGGAUUAACGGUCGGCGUGACCAAUGGCUGGAUAUAGCUUAGGAUAUAGGAUGGAUGGUAGAGAGCGAAAGAGUGGAGCAUUUCCAACAAAUUCUCGGUUGUAGAAUCGAUAGUUGCAGUUGCUUGGUUCAGAACCAAUUGUGAUUAUCUUUUAAAUUAUUGAUAGCAAAUUGUUUGUGAUAUCUUCGUGUUUCAUGCACCUAACAUAUUAUGACAUGUUUUUUAUGACUUUGUUCAAACGCUUUUUAUUUGUGUGAUACGCCCGUUUUGUAUCUCUGUAUCUCUGAUAACUAACUCUCUGCCAGGAUAACCAGUUUAAUCAUCAGUUUGUACUUUUAAACUCUCAGUUUUGAAUAUAAUCGCAAAGCCAGGAUUUUGACCGUAAACGGUAAAAAUAUAUAAUAUUUAUAAUAGCCUCUGCCACGCCGAACCGAUUCGAACCGCUAACGCACACACGCACACAGCUGCACUCAAAGACUCGUACUCAUAUGCGCACUCACACACUUGCAUGGCACAUAUGCAGACUCAUAAACGGCAGAAAAAAACAACCGCAAAUUUCACAUUCAAUUAAACAACAUUCUCUUGAUCAUACAAAUCGAAAAACGAAAAAAAAAGAAACAACAACAGCAGCCACGCCUAAUUUUUAAAUAAUUGUAAUUAAUGUUAACGAACCCAUGAUUUAAUUAUAAAUAAAAUUUAUCGAAUUGCGUUUAAAACAA